CUCUGGCAGGUGCUGCCCGUCUUGAUCUCCACCCCCGAGCCCCUCCUGUGAGCUGGAGAUCUGAUAGCCCAGGCUGAGUUUCAAGCCCUGCCGUCCUUCGGUGGGGUGCCCUGUCAUGCCAGGAAAAAAAAAGGGGGGAAGAGAAAGGGGAGGCUGGUCUAGGUGAAGUCAUCCCAGGAAAGGUUAAUCGCUGGGUGGUGACACCUUCUCACACGACUGGGCAGAAAAUGCUGGGCAGCCAGGCAGCGCUUGCUCCCAGCUGCCUGUCACGGUCCCAGGAGGAAGAGGUGACCUAUUUAUUUUUAGAAGGGGACAGUCCUGAUAACCCGGCUCUGAGCUUCAUUCAAGGCAGGCAGGCGCUUCAGACAUUUGUAAACACCUACUUUCUGAGUAAGGGAGGAGCGCUUUUCUCCCAAAAGGAAAGAACUUGACUUACUGGGGUAUUCCCCCUCCUGACAGUCACCGUCAGCGAGGAGAAGAAACCAUCUCCACUUUGUUAUUAUUUCUUUAAAGGGCAGCAAUGCCUGAAGGUGAGGACUUUGGACCAGGCAAAAGCUGGGAAGUUAUCAAUUCCAAACCAGAUGAGAGACCUGGGCUCAGCCACUGUAUUGCAGAAUCAUGGAUGAAUUUCAGCCUGUUUCUUCAAGAAAUGUCUCUUUUUAAACAGCAGAGCCCCGGCAAGUUUUGUCUCCUGGUCUGCAGUGUGUGCACAUUUUUUACGAUCUUGGGAAGCUACAUUCCUGGGGUUAUACUCAGCUAUCUACUGUUACUGUGUGCAUUUUUGUGCCCACUGUUAAAGUGUAAUGAUAUUGGACAAAAAAUAUACAGCAAAAUCAAGUCAUUACUGCUGAAACUAGAUUUUGGAAUCAGAGAAUAUAUUAACCAGAAGAAAUGCGAGAGAGCCGAAGCAGAUAAAGAAAAAAGUCGCAAAGAGGAUAGUGAAUUAGACUUUUCCGCUCUUUGUCCUAAGAUUAGCCUCACGACUGCUGCCAAAGAGUUGUCUGUGUCUGACACAGACGUGUCCGAGGUCACCUGGACGGACAAUGGGACCUUCAACCUUUCAGAAGGCUACACUCCUCAGACCGACACUUCUGACGAUCUCGACCGACCUAGUGAGGAAGUUUUCUCUCGAGACCUUUCAGAUUUUCCCUCUCUAGAAAAUGGCACGGGAACAAAUGAUGAAGAUGAAUUAAGCCUUGGCUUGCCCACUGAGCUCAGGAGGAAAAAGGAACAGCUGGACAGUGGUCCCAGGCCGAGCAAAGAGAGGCAGUCAGCGGCUGGUCUCACCCUUCCCCUGGGCAGUGACCAGACCUUUCACUUGAUGAGCAACCUGGCUGGGGAUGUCAUCACUGCCGCAGUGACCGCAGCUAUCAAAGACCAGUUAGGGGGCGUGCAGCACACACUGUCGCAGGCUGCACCCAGCCUGGGGGAGGACACAGACACGGAAGAAGGUGAUGACUUUGAACUACUUGACCAGUCAGAGCUCGAUCAAAUUGAGAGUGAACUGGGACUUUCACAAGACGAGGAGGAAGAAGCCCAGCAAAACAGGAAGUCUUCGGGCUUCCUUUCAAACCUGCUUGGAGGCCAUUAGUCUGGGAAUCAGCUUGCACAACAGAGCACAGAUAAACUACCAAAACAUUUCAAACAAGCAAAAAAAGAAAAAAAAAGGAAAAAAAAUCUUUUUGAACUGUGAGCUUUACUGAUUACUUUAGAAUUUUUGGAUCUUUUUUUCCCUUCUGCAGUGAAUUAAUUGGAUAUAUAUCAGCUGACCACUGAUAGAGUGAUAUUUCUGAUAGUUAUUUUUAUGUAAUGAGCAUGGAAAUGAACUUUAUAUAUGUGUGUAUGUAUAUAUAUAUAUAUAUAUAUAUAUAUAUAUAUAUAUAUAUAUACUCACCGUGUUGUCAGAGUUGAAUAUUAGAGGUUGUUUUUAAAGCAAAAAGAAAACACUCAAUUAUUGAGAUCCUCCCAAAAGUAUUCCUUAUUUUUUCUUCACAGUUAAUUUUUCAAGCAUGCAAAAACAGCUUAUUGUAACUUACUGAAAUGUUAACAGUUAAUUGUGAAUACAUGCUAUAUCAACUCCAUUGUUCCUAAUACCUGAAACCAUAAAAAGACAAAAAUGACCAAGGUCUCUUUAGUUGAAAGACUUGGGAGAGACUACCAAAAUUAAUUUCCUAGGAAAAAUUAAAAGAAUAUAUUUAACCACUUUGAAUAGGCUGGUACAUUUCCAUGUGAUUUCUGCAGUUACAGACCUUAGGUUUCCCUGUAAAUGACACGCCCCACGGACUGCCAGCUCUAGCCUAGCAGUGGGUGCUAUUAACCCACAGCAAGUAAUCAAGUAUCAUGUAGACGGUGGGUGGUUUUGAUGUAAACAGAGAUUGGGCUGUGCUUUGUUGUUCAGUUGUCAUAUAUUUGUAACAGGGAUGUUGUAAGCGCAGAUCUAUUCUAUCUGUUCAGAACUAGGUUAAAUCCUGAUCUGUCAUAUAUUAUGUCAUGGAAAAAGUCUCUUAAAACUGUGCAAAUAGCUCUUGAUGUGUUCUAAGAGUGAUGUGAUAUCGGCAGUAGAGAAACAGUAACUGUUUUUGAAGUCUGCGUAGACUCUCCUACUGGAGGGAGACCUGCUCGGCUUUCAAGUGUAUUCAUUUGCCAUUGAAGUCUAAAUCUGUAGUCUGUUUCGUUUUAGGAAGCCAGGAUAUAUUUUUCCUUUAUUUUAAACUUCUGAGAUGACUUUUAAAUAACCAAAUUUGACAGGUUGUUAACAAAGGACUCAAGAGCAGACAUCAGGCUAGUUUUGUUUUUGUGAUAGAAACAUUGAAUCGUGUUGAGGGACCAUGUCAGCAACUACCAGCCAUCUCUUCAAUCUUCAGGUACAGCUGGCAUUUGGACAGAUGCGUACAGACAUCUGAGGCCCUCAGAAAGGAAGGAUUGUCCCAGAAUAUAGGAAAUCUGUGGUCCCCUCCCUUCAUUUUAUCCCUUUCUUGCUAUUUCUAAAGACUAAUGAUAGGUCCUCUGACAUUUUAAUGUAGCAUCUCUUAUUUAUUUUUUUCUUUCUGAGGUAUUAAAAUAUCUAGAUGGAACUUUGCCAAAUGUUAAAGGGGAGAAGUAACUGAAGACUCUGAACACCUGCUUUUCGUGAUUGACUCUGUUUCUGUGUCAUUAGUGCCUCAUGACUGUGUGUGAUGUCCUUUAAAGUGAGCCUGUGCCUUCAUUAUCUUGCCUGUUUUGGUACAAAUGAAAAUCUGGUGUUAGAUCUAUGAAUUGUGUGGGUUUGGGAGGGACAUAUCUGAAUUCUAUUCAGUAAGAGUUUCUGGACAUGAAGAAAAAUACAGUCACAUAUUUAUAAAGUA